AUGGCCCUUCGACCUCCUAGCUUGCCUAUGACGGCAUUCAUCGCAUUUCUCAUCGUUCUGGCCCUCGUCGAGGCUCCUCUGUCGGAAUGUUCCACUUUACCCGAACCCCGUCUAGUCAUAUACGUCCAAACCACCCACCAAGUUGACGGAAGCCCAAUUUCCAUUCUACCGCUGAUUGAAGAGCCUGGCAUCACAGCGACGCAUCUUAUCAUCGCUGCUUUCCAUAUAAACGAGGACUCCGAAAUUCAUCUGAACGACCACGAUCCAAACGAUCCAACAUUCGCAACCCUUUGGUCGGAGGUCGAGUUGAUCAAGGCCGCUGGUGUCAAGGUGAUGGGGAUGGUUGGAGGCGCCGCCCCUGGCUCCUUUACCACAGCCACGCUGGACGGCGAUGACUCUGUGUUUGAGAAAUAUUAUCAGCAGCUUUACAAAGUGGUCCAGGAGUAUCAACUGGAGGGCUUAGACCUUGAUGUUGAAGAGUCCAUGUCGCUAGACGGGGCCACUCGGCUCAUUCGACGGUUGCGAAGCGAUUUCGGGAGUGACUUCAUCAUAACUCUAGCCCCAGUCGCUUCAGCCCUCCUGGAUCACGGGAAUCUCAGUGGCUUCAGUUAUUCAGCUCUAGAGGCUACUGUUGGCACUGAUAUUGCGUUUUACAACACGCAGUUUUACAGCGGGUUCGGGACAAUGUCUACCCCCGACGAUUACCGAAACUUGAUCGCGGCUGGCUGGAAGCCACAAAAGAUCGUGAUUGGGCAACUGACAUCGCCAGACAAAGGCUACGGCUUCAUCCCGCUGUCAGAACUUACGUAUACAAUUGAUAAUCUCCGUGCAAGGUAUAAAGAAAUUGGCGGCAUAAUGGGCUGGGAGUACUACAGUAGCAGCCCGGGAGGCGUGGACCAACCUUGGCAGUGGGCACAACUUGUCACUCCUAUACUCCAGCAGCGUGGCAGUCACUGUGCAAAGGGAUAA